AUCAAAACCCUCUCUCGAAGUUUCCUUCUCUAACUUCCAUCUCUCUCCUACGAAGAUAUUUUUUUUUGGGUGUUUGUUGUUUCAUUUCUCUUCUCUUCUCCAUCCACAAAAAAUAAAGGCUAUUGCUUCUUCAACUCGCAGAUUUUUCCGAUGCUUCGACAGUGAAAUUGACUUAACUAAAGAGAGAUACAUAACAGAACAACCUUUGAAAACGUAGCAGCGGGCGGCGGAGACGGAGACGGAGGAGCUAGCGGUUUUAAAAAAAUGGCGUGUGAAGGUGGAGGAGGAUCAAACAUCAGAUCUAGUUACUACAACGUUCUCGGGAUCCGUAAAGACGCUUCCGUUUCCGAUAUCCGCACUGCUUACCGUAAGCUAGCCAUGAAAUGGCAUCCGGAUAGAUACGUUCGGAAUCCUGGACUCGUCGGAGAAGCUAAACGUCGGUUUCAACAAAUACAGGAAGCCUAUUCUGUUCUGAAUGAUGAGAAUAAGAGGUCAAUGUACGAUGCUGGCUUAUUCGAUCCUCAUGAAGAUGAUGACGAUGACUUCUGUGAUUUUUUGCAAGAGAUGAUCUCAAUGAUGAACAAUGUCAAAAAAGACGAGGGAGAGAGUUUAGAGGACUUGCAACGGAUGUUCACGGAUAUGGUUGGUGGAGAUGGCGUGAGCUUUGACUGUAACAACAAUCCAAAGGGUAGCAAAAGACAACGUGUCAAUAUAUCGAGGAGUAGUGCUGCGAUGCGUUAACGCUUACUACUUCUUCUGUGUGUUGUGUGUAUCGUGUUGUAUCAAAAUUUCAAUUCCAUUUUCAAUCGUCUAAGACCCCAAUGCCCAUAUAUAAUAAAAUAUCUCUAAGAACUAGUUAGAAUCUUUUGAAGUUCUUUUAUGACGCGUGUUGGUUAAGUUGCUUUUGCUUCCCAACAUGAUCCCAAUCACACACAAAUGUAUCUCUCUUGAUUUGGUUAGGAUCACAUUAAA